CCUUCCCGCCCGGAAGAGCCGCCGCAGUGCCACGUCUUCCCGCGCGCUCUCUGGGUCUGUUGCCCGUCCCCUGCGGACCUAGCUGAGCACCAUGGGCCGCGCCCCUAGCCCCGCCGCAGCGCUGCUUCUGCUCCUGCUGCUGCGCGCUGAGCGGCUGCGGGGCGCCGAGCUCACCUUCGAGCUGCCAGACAGCGCGCGGCAGUGCUUCCACGAGGAGGUGGAGCAGGGUGUGCGGCUGUCGCUCGACUACCAGGUCAUCACUGGAGGCCACUAUGAUGUCGACUGCUACAUGGAGGACCCCCUGGGGAACAUCAUCUACAGGGAAACCAAAAAGCAGUAUGACAGUUUCACCUACCGCACUGAGGUCAAGGGCGUUUACCAGUUUUGCUUCAGCAAUGAGUUCUCCACCUUCUCGCACAAGACUGUCUACUUUGACUUCCAGGUGGGCGACGAGCCCCCCAUUCUCCCAGACAUGGGGAACAAGGUCACGGCUCUCACCCAGAUGGAAUCUGCCUGUGUGACCAUCCAUGAGGCUCUGAAGACAGUGAUUGACUCCCAGACACAUUACCGGCUCCGGGAAGCCCAGGACCGAGCCCGAGCUGAAGACCUCAACAGCCGAGUCUCUUACUGGUCCAUUGGUGAGACGAUCGCCCUGUUUGUAGUGAGCUUCAGCCAGGUGCUGCUGCUGAAAAGCUUCUUCACAGAGAAACGACCUGCGCACAGGGCUGUCCACUCCUAGCCAAGGCGGCCCCAGGAUGGAGCAGUACUCCUGGCUGCCAGGUUCCUGCCACUUGCGUCCUUGCACCCCACAGCAGAGCCCACAGGACGCAGUGAUCUCAAGGGAUCCAAAUGCCUUCUGUGCACAGAACUGACUGGAAGAACAUUUACAGUCAGGCAAGGGGUCACACUGGGGAGGGCAGCGGGUGCGACCCAGGGCCCAUUGCUGGUGCCUCCAGUACCACUUAGGCCUCGGCUUCUACUCCAUGAUGCCUGUGUCCUGAGGCCUUGAGCCUUCUUCCUGUGGAGAGCAAUGGGACUCUCCACUCUGGCCUUUCCUCCCAUGGGACUCUGUACCUGAGGAAACCAGGUCCUGAAGCAGCUGUGCCGAUCUGCCUACCUACCCCAGGUGCCGCAGUUGUUGGCCACACAGGCAGGACCCACAUGAGGACUGUGUACCCUUGGCUGGCCCUGCAUCCCCCAGGAGGUGGGACUGGGCUAAUAAAGACGAGUGUGAGCACCUGCA